CUGGGGCGGGGGGAAUAAGGGAGUUUGAUUGACGGUUUCUAUAGAAACCGCGGAUCCUCCGCCCCCAAAAUGUGAAAUGGCCAAUGAGUGGGCUCGGCUGGGCCCGCAGGCUGCUUGUGCCAUAUAGUAUGCUGCGAGCGGAGGAGUCACGUUGGGGGGAGCCGUGGAGAGGAGCGAUCCGUUUACACUACUUUGCUAUAGCAGCUAUCUUAAUGGUUACUGCGUGGCCGGGAGGAAACCUGAUCGGCUAGAUCCAGCCGAAAGCAGGAGGAGUGGACUUUGCGGAGAGAGAGAAAGGGGGGGAAACAUGUCUUCUGCCUCCCCCACAAACAAGCUCCCGAGCGCGGUGGAGAUCAAGCAAGAGAAUGUGAUGGAAAUCCUCUCCGAAGCAGGCACGGCGCCCCGGGAAAGGGCAGCCCUCAACCCUGCACCGCCGCCCGCUGCCCCUUUCCCCAUGGAGCAGGCAGGCUCCGCGGCUGGGGAGGAGGGAGCUGCGGAUCAGCUCCUGCUCCACACUGAACUUCUGGCCAGGAAUCACCAUGCUGCCGCCUCCUCCUCUCCCUCCUCCUCUCAGACCCCCCUGGCUUUCUCCCCGGAUCAUGUAGCCUGUGUCUGCGAGGCGCUGCAGCAAGGUGGGAACCUGGACCGCCUGGCCAGGUUCCUGUGGUCUUUGCCCCAGAGCGAUCUGCUACGUGGCAACGAGAGCCUGCUGAAAGCCCGGGCGCUGGUGGCUUUCCACCAGGGCAUCUACCCGGAGCUCUACAGCAUCCUGGAGGGCCACAGCUUCGACUCCUCCAACCACCCGCUGCUGCAGGAGCUGUGGUACAAGGCGCGCUACACCGAGGCGGAGCGAGCCCGGGGCCGACCCCUGGGGGCAGUGGACAAGUACCGGCUGCGGAGGAAGUUCCCCCUGCCCAGGACCAUCUGGGACGGCGAGGAGACGGUGUAUUGCUUCAAGGAGAAGUCCCGCAACGCGCUGAAGGAGCUCUACAAGCAGAACCGGUACCCGUCGCCGGCCGAGAAGCGGAACCUGGCCAAGAUCACCGGCCUCUCCCUCACCCAGGUCAGCAACUGGUUCAAGAACCGGCGGCAGCGGGACCGCAACCCCUCCGAGACCCAGUCCAAAAGUGAGUCAGAUGGCAACCCUAGCACAGAAGAUGAAUCCAGUAAGGGGCAGGAGGAUUUAUCUCCACAUCCACUCCCCAACUCGUCUGAUGGAGCUACCAGCCUAAGCCUUCCCAAUCACAUGGAACCAGUGUACAUGCAGCAGCUUGGAAACACUAAAAUAUCUUUAAGUUCUUCUGGCAUUUUGCUGAAUGGAAACCUAGUGCCUGCCAGUACUUCUUCUGUCUUUAUUAAUGGGAGCUCUUUUCUUCAAGGACCCAAUGGAGUAAUCCUCAAUGGUCUCAACAUGGGGACUUCACAGACAGUAACUUUAAAUCCACCCAAAACAACUUCAAGUGCUGUGAGCAAUGGAGUGUCAAUCAGUGACAUACUGGUGUCUUCUUCUGAAGAUGUCAAGGACUUCAAAAUCCUCCAGGCCUCUGUGUCUAAUUCUGCAGCAGCACCAACAUCGUACAGUCCCAGCAAUGUACCUGUCUCAUUUCCAGGGUUAAUACCAAGCAGUGAGGUGAAAAGGGAAAGCAUACAAACUGUUGCUUCUCAAGAUGGAGGGUCUGUAGUUACUUUUACUGCUCCUGUCCAAAUAAACCAGUAUGGCAUUGUCCAGAUCCCUAAUUCAGGAACAAAUGGCCAGUUGCUUAAUGGAAGCAUCGGGUUUUCUCCUCUGCAGCUGCCUCCUGUUUCUGUGGCAGCUUCACAAGGUAACAUUUCAAUAAAUCCAAGUACAUCAGAUGGGGGGACUUUUACAAGUGAUUCUUCAACAGCGCAGCAAGGAAAGGUUUUCUUUAGCCCUCUCACUCCCAGUGCAGUGGUGUAUACAGUUCCCAAUUCAGGUCAGGCCAUAGGAUCUGUUAAACAAGAAGGAUUGGAAAGAAGUCUUGUGUUUUCUCAAUUAAUGCCCACCAGUCAGAAUACACAGCUAAACGUAAACGUAUCUUCUGAAAAUGUAGCUGGUGGAGGCCUCCAGUCCAUGGCUUCCUCCUUAGUAAAUGUAACUCCCUCACAUAAUUUUUCCCUAGCUCCACCCUCUCUUUUAAAUACUGCAGAACUGAACUCUGGUAUCUCAGAGAGUCAGUCUAUGUCAGCAGCUGUAACAAAUACGUCUACUGUGAUAUCAAUCAGCAACACUAACUAUGCAACUCUUCAGAACUGUUCCCUCAUUACCAGUCAAGAUCUCAUGUCAAUUUCUACGGCACAGCCUGCACUCCGGGAAAUAGUUUCAACAACUGGAGACCAUGUCAGUCAUCCAUCUGCACAAGUUCAUCCGGAUUUUGUCAGAGAGCACAGGUUAGUUCUGCAGUCAGCACCCGAUGUCAAGGAGAAUUUCUUAUCCAAUUCUGAGAGUAAGUCAACCAGCAACUUAAUGAUGCUGGACACAAAAUCCAAAUAUGUUAUGAGUAAUAUGGUCGAUACGGUCUGUGAAGAACUGGAAACGGACAAAAAAGAGCUUGCCAAACUUCAGACAGUUCAGAUGGAUGACGAUAUGCAAGAUUUUUAACUUUUUCUUGCUUUUGGUUUCAGUAGAUAUGUCUCCUCAUGAGGCCCUAAAAAGCACCACGUUUUUUUGCAUUUAAAGAAAAUACUAAUACAAUUCAAAAUAGAAGAACAUUUGAAUAAUCUGCAUUAAAGCACAGGGGAAUCUACAAUAAUGGAAUUAGGUUGCCACAUUUUGUUUGCAUGCAAUAUGCUCUUUUAACCAGACUAAGGGACGCAGGUUAGAGGAAAUACGAGCUAAACAACUAAGCAGAUGUGCAUUGCUCUGGUUUACUAAUAUAACCCUAACAGUUUAACUAGAAUCUUCAUGCCACAACAUAAUUUCAUAAAUAAGUAUACACUCCUAAUAUUAACUAGGAAAAUGAAAUAUCUUUAUAAAAAGGUAGAAACAAUGCAGUCUUUGUUGUUUACUUCCAGUCCAUGGGCAUUGAACAGAUUUUAAGAAAAUAGACGAUACCUCACAAGCUACUUUCAUGGUGUUUGAGGUUAAGGAACUAAACACAAUUGCAAAUAAUACUGUCGCUGUUUUUUCCAGCAGACUUCUGUUCAUCCCAAAAAUCUUGCUUCAAACUUUUGCAGAUUUCGAAAUGUUAUGACUAGCCGUUUGCCAGUUCAGCAAAGGGGCGGGAGGGGAUUUGAAACUCUAAUUAUGCAACUCUAAAGCUUUUACUCCAGUAUGAAUGUAAAUAUUAUUCCAGUUAUUAUAAAGGAGACUUUUUUGUUAGUACAAUGGAUUUUAUUUAUGGUUUGUGUUGGUCUCUUUCACUUUAGAUACAGUGCAUUGAAAUGUUUUCUGACUGUUUAAUUUAUUUUUAUCGUUUGAACAGGAAGUAAACAGUUAUUUUCAACAAGGUUUUACUUUUUUGUAGGAUUUUCAAGGGAUGAGUUUUAUCAAUAGACUGUAACAGAACAAUGUUAAUCACACUGAAGCUAAAAAAUGAACUCCCAGUAUUGCAAGACUGGGACAUUUAUCCCUCCCAUCUUUGUGUCUGGGUUUUUUUGGUUAUGUUUUGUUUACUUAGUAAUUUUCAAAUUAGUUAAAAGUUUUAUGUAUUUUUACAAAAUUCCACGUGCCUUUCUUCCUAGUGGCCUUAUAUCCUUGUUACUGAAGCACAGUGGUAAGAGGAAUGAAAAGACUUGUGUGCAAUUAUCCAUCCUCAGGGCCAGAUUCUGCCGGCCUUACUCUUGUGAGUAGCUCCAUUGAAGUCAAUGUAUCUACUUUCCUGAGUAAGACAAGUUGGUCUCUGGGUCAUUUUAGGUGAAAUUUGUCAGUUGUGUGUAGGGCCAGAGUUUGGCCCUUUGCACUAUUUAAGCCCUGCAGAGGAGGGUCCACAGAGGUACAGUGGGCAGAGGAACCAUAAAGAAAAGCCUCACUUCAGCCAGUAUGGAUAGCUAUGAUGGGCUAGGCUAGGGAAGGGGGUUCUGUAUUUACAAGGUUCCACUGGCCUCCAAGCCCCAUGCAACUGGUGCGUAACUGCUGUUCCAUCACAGAGGCCCUGAUUCAGGAACGCCCAUAAACAUGUAUUUAUAUGCCCUCCCUAAACAAAAGAAUGCUUUCUUCAAUGGGGCCACGGGCAGCAACAGGAACCCCUAAUGGUUUGAGGGCACUGUGCAGUGGAAGUAUUUGCUGGCUCUGAGUUGGGGAAAGAUUUCAGCUCCCUAGCCCUCUGCACUCCACCCACAACACUCAGGCUCCAUACGGAUGGAGCAGAUUUCACCAUUUGUCUAUAGGAUUUUUUUUUAACCUGAAAAAGCACAACCUUAAGCUUUAAUAAUAAUAAUAAUAAUAAUGAAGAUCUAUGAAGAACUACUCGCUGUUUAUUCUUUUUUUUUUAACUCUAAUGUGAAUAUAAACAGUAAUUAAAGCAUGAAUUAAUCCUUCUAAAAGGGCUGGUCCAAAGCUCAUUGAAAUCAGCAGAAAUGCCUUCACAGUCUUCAAUGGACUUUCAGUCAGGCCUGAAAUGAACUGAUGUAGAACAUCUUUUGUAAAAAUCAGAAAAACAAUUUAAAGGAAAGCAAAGAGAGAUAAUGUCAGUUCUGGCCAGGAGUAUCCCUGUUUCAUCCUGUCUUGAUAGCUAACUGGUCCUGUCUACAUUUUUUAAAGAAAUGGCUUUUUCCAUGUGCUGGUGACACUAUGAUAGCCUCACUGUUGUUUUGCACUAUAUCGCAUACAAUUUAUUUUUGUAAGUAACAGCAUGGAGCCUCUAAGCUGAGCUGCAGAGAAUUGUUCCAUUCAAUAUUGCAGCCCAAGUUUGGGGGAAUGGGUGGGAAGGAAGUAUAUGUUUUGUAAAAAGAGGUCAUUGAGGCUUUCCAAAGUAUAUGGAGAAAAGAAAGCAACUAGCCAUUUGGCUACCUCCCUGACUUGCAUAAAUGUUGUUAAAAGCAAGCCAUUUAAAACGUUUAUUAUUAUUAAAAACAAAACUUGGAGCCAUCAACUGCCCUGAGUCUGCAUGCAUGCCUCCCACUGACAUGAGGUGUGGUUAGAGCACAGGAUGGGAAGCCAGGGACUUAGACUUCCAGUCCUUGCUCUGACACUGUUUCUCUCCGUAGUAUCUGAGCACCUCGCAUACACCCUCUGUGGCUUGGGACAAGUCACAUAAUACCCCUGCCUCAGUUUCCCCAUCCAUAAAAUGAACAUAACAAUAAUAAUUAUCCACUUUGCAAGAAUUUUGUGAGAAUUAAUUUGUUAUUGUUUGAAGAGUAGAAACACCAUAUGUUAUUGUGUAUUAUUAUUUCAUGAAUGGAAAUUGUAUGCAUGGAUUGAAAGCUAUAUGUGGCUCUAGAAGUGUCCUGAGCCUCACGUUUUGUUCUGCAGAGCUCUAACCGUCUUUAGGGGGAAGUUAGCGAAUAUUUCAGAUAACUUUCUCAGCUGUUAAAACAAUCAGAUAUUAUAAUAUAAUUGCUAUGCUGUUCUGCCAGCACACAUGCUGCUGGUAACUUUUCUGUUUGUAUUAAUUAUGUUACUGAGGCUCUGAAUUACUUGGCUAUGCUGUGUGGUUGACGUGAAAAUCGUAUUUGUCAUAACAGUGGUGCAUACCUCAGAAUGUCUGGUACUUCUAACAAGAGUUUUGCCCGUUCUACACAAUGUAGGGAUGGCAGGGGAUGCAAAAAUGUACAUAAAGCAAUGGAUCAGGACAGUGUCAGAUAAGUCGAUUCUAGUCUUCCAGAAAGCAAGUAAUUUAUGUUUUCUUUUCUCCUCUCCCCCAUUAAAAUAAGUGUCAUUCCCGCCAUAUGAUCCAAUUAUAACCUCACGCUUUCUGUGGGUACAUAUGCACAAUACAAAGUGUCAUUGCCCAGUACAGUGUUUUUAUAGUGGCUAUUUAAAUAGUAUUUUUACUCCUAGAGUAAAAUAAGGGUCAGUUUAUUAUAAUAUGGUCCUUGCAUAUCUGCCCAGACAAGCAGACAACCUGCUUUCUUUACACAGUACACAGAGCCCAUUACAAUAUUUAGGGCCAGACCUUCAACGGCUGUAAAUAGGCAAAGUUCCCUAAGCAGCUUGGAAAAUCUCAGCGUUAGUCUUUACAUGAUGUUCUCUUGUUUAAAUGGAAGACGUAUUUAUAUUUUGCUCAAGCACAAAAUACCCUUCUUCUUCCCUCUUCUGUUUAAUGUGGAUGGGUAUAAAGAAUCAUUUAAACUUUACAUAUGAAGUAUGUAUGCUAUACUUUUUGACUUGCAAAGUGAAAGGCAGCUUGGCAUCACACCAUGGCCAUCUACAGGUAGUAAAGUGCACAGUGAUCUAAAGCCAAGUCCACUGGAAAUUAUAUGGGAAAUGUUGCCAAAUUCUGCUAAAUCUUUGAUCCGGCUUCUAUAGAAAUGUUUGGGAAAUCUGCUGAAAGCUUAUUAAGCAAAUUCCCUCAAAAUGUUGUAAAGUUUUUGAACAAAUUUAGAAUUUUUCUUAAUUUCACCCUGAUGUUGCUGAGAACCAGAGGGCUCAUCUAUGUAGCAGAGUAGCCAGUCAGUUGCCUCGUUAAAUCUUGCAAUCUUAUUCCUGUGAAAUGUCCUUUCAACUGAAUCCGACCACACUGAAUAAGCAUGUUCAUGGACACAGUUAGGCCACAUCCUCAGCUGCUGUAAAUCAGCAGAGCUCCACUGAAGUCAAUGGAGCUAUGUCAGAGUACACCAGCUCAGUCUAUGGCCCAUUCGUUUCAUUGGCAUUAUACCAGGUAUGAAUUUGGCCCAAUAUAAAGUGGCAGCAGUGAAAUAACUGACAAGGUUGAUCUGUUCAGAGUGUUGUAAUUAGAUUUCCAAGUUAACACCCUAUUGAAAUUAAUGGGGCAGUUUAUACUUCUUAGAGUUAUUGUUUCACCAUGUCUGUGAACUAAGGAAGACAGAAUUCCACUGAUUCACAUUAAGAAAAUUAUCAGAGGGGUA